AGCCAGGAAACGAGGUGUCGCCUUUGCGGCUUCUUGCAACACUCUCACUGCACAAGUGGUCUUGUGCCAUCCACGCUGGUGUAAGACACGUUGGGUAACAGCGUUUGCGUAAGACUCACUCGGCCACGCGGCCUCCUGCUGGUGACUUAUUGUCAGUCAGCGACCGACUUCCACAGGCCCCUCUGGCCAGCCGGGCUACCCCCGUGUGCCGUCUGUCCGUCCGUCAGCGCGCUCAGUCCCAUCCCGCCCUCGCAGGGCUCUCUCCUUUGGCAGCUCGCCACGCUGACGUAGAGUCGUUCGACUCGUUCGCUUGCUCCCACGCCGGCUAGAGAGAAGUGAAUGAGAUCGCACGGGAGCGGCACGCGGCGCCUGUCCCGGUGCCGGAUUACGCCCUGCGCCCCUGCGAGAAGGCCCCGCGCCAUGGACUCCCGGCCCCUCUUCCAGGCCCUGCUCGCGGUGGCCGAGGACAACGCGGCCUUCUUCCGGCAGAGCGCCUCGGAGACGGGGCGCCGGUUCGUGGCGGCCUUCACGGCCAUCGGGGAGCACGCCCGCUGCCUGGAGCCGGUCCUGCGCCACUUCGCCAGCGUCUACCACAUCUUCGACCUGGACGAGGCCACGCCGGCCAACGGGUACCGCAGCCUGGCGCAGACGGCGCGCUGCUGCCUGGCCUGCGUCCUGCACAAGAGCCGCUACGUGGCCGCCAACCGCCGCAGCAUCUUCUUCCGCACGGGCCACAACGCGGCCGAGCUGGAGGCCUAUUGCGCCGCCCUGAGCCAGCUGCGGGCGCUGCUCUACGUGGCGCAGCAGCUGCUGACCCACAACCGCCCCGGCUGCCUCUUCCACCACGAGGAGCGCGGCCUGACCGAGCGGAUGCUGCGGGAGUACGGCACCCUGCACAAGGGCUGCUUCUACGGGCGCUGCCUGGGCUUCCAGUUCGCCCCCUCCAUCCGGCCCUUCCUCCAGACCAUCGCCAUCAGCCUGGUCUCCUUCGGCGAGAACUACAGACGCCACGACUCCGGCCUCAGCAUGGCGGCCGGCUCGCUGUUCACUUCGGGGAAGUUCGCCAUCGACCCGGAGCUGCGGGGAGCCGAGUUCGAGAGGAUCACGCAGAACCUCGACGUGCAUUUCUGGAAGAGCUUCUGGAACCUGACGGAGACCGAGCUGCUGGCUUCCGUGGCCAACCUGGCGUCCACGCCGGUGCGGGUGAGCCGGGCGCUGACGGUGCCCCCCGAGCCCUUCGAGCUGCCGCUGGCUGCCGACCCCUCGCUGAGCAUCACCAUCAGCCCCCCGGUGGCGCACACCGGCCCCGGGCCCGUCCACAUGCGCCUCAUCUCCCACGAGCUGCGGGAGGGGCAGGACAGCGAGGCGCUCUCCGCGCUGGCCCAGGCCGAGGGCCCGCUGGGGCUGGAGCUGUGGCGCAAGGCGGCGCCGGCGCCCCCCUCGCCCCUCCUGCUGGUUCACUUCCACGGCGGCGGGUUCGUGGCACAGACGUCCAAGUCCCACGAGCCGUACCUGCGGGGCUGGGCGCAGGAGCUGGGCGCCCCGGUGCUCGCCGUCGACUACGCCCUGGCGCCCGAGGCCCCCUUCCCCCGCGCCCUGGAGGAGUGUUUCUACGCCUACUGCUGGGCCCUGCGCCACUGCCGCCUGCUGGGCUCCACGGCGCAGCGGGUCUGCCUGGCUGGGGACAGCGCUGGCGGGAACCUCUGCCUCACCGUGACCAUGCGGGCGGCCGCCUUCGGCAUCCAGCUGCCCGACGGCAUCAUGGCGGCCUAUCCCGUCACCCUGGUGCGGGCCGCGGCCUCGCCCUCCCGCCUGCUCACGCUGCUCGACCCCCUGCUGCCCCUCAGCGUGCUCUGCAAGUGCCUCAGCGCCUACGCCGGCACGGAGCCGGCGGAGGGCGAGCCCCCCGGGCUGGAGAAGCUGGGCCCGGUGAACAUGGUGCGGCGGGACACGGCGCUGCUGUUGCAGGAGCUGCGGCAAAGCGCCUCGGCCUGGCUGGGGGCCCUGCUGGACGCCCCGGGGCGCAGCAACGGGGCCGGCGCAGAGGCCAUGCGGACGAGCGUCUCGGAGGCAGCGCUGGACGACUCAGCUGUCAAAUCCAGGGGCUCCCGCAAGAGCCAGACCUGCCAGGAUCUAUUGUGUGGGGUGUCAGCCCCCCUUGCCCCUGCAUCUGCCCCCCCUCCCCAGGGCAGCCCCCCCAGCUUCUUCCUGAGCGCGGGGCAGCAGGAGGAAGAGGCCCCCGGAGACGAGGGGCUGCAGUAUCCUGACGGCUUUGAGCCGCUGCGCUCGGACCAGCCCUCCUCCAGCAUCACCCUGGAGGCAUCGCCCCUGGUGAAGAACCCCUUCAUGUCGCCCCUGCUGGCCCCGGACAGCAUGCUGCGAGGGCUGCCGCCGGUCCAUAUCGUGGCCUGCGCCCUGGACCCCAUGCUGGACGACUCGGUGAUGUUCGCCCGGCGGCUGCGGGAGCUGGGCCAGCCGGUGACGCUGCGGAUCGUGCAGGACUUGCCGCACGGCUUCCUGAGCCUGUCCCAGCUGUGCCGUGAGACCCGCCAGGCGGCCGCGCUCUGCACCCGCGUCAUCCGUGAGAUCCUGCUGCCCCCGGGGCCCGCCCCGCCCACCGCCCCGCCCUCGCCCCGCAGGCACCGCAAGCUGGAGCGGACGCCGCCCUCGGGGGCUGCCACGGGCCGGGAGAGCAGGGCCACGGGCCAGGCGGCCACGGGUCUGGCCACGCCCAGCCUCAAGAGUCCCACCCCAGCUGCCUUGGAGACCCCGCCCGGCCAGGGGGGUCGGGCCCCAGUGGAAACCCCCCACAGGCGGGAGCCGGGGCCCCAGGGCGGCCCGGCGAGCAAGGAGGUGGGGGCCUGAGCCCCUGGCCGUGGUUGGGAAUUUCCUGGGAGCCCCUUGGUGCUUUUCUCUCUGUGGCUCCCGGGUAGGGGGGGGGGGCCCACCCUGAGAGCCUGUCUGCCCCCCCCAGCCCCCGGGGACUGGUCUGUAGUGGUUUAUGCGGGACCGGUGUUCGAAGCUGUCUGUAUCCUGUGGACUGAGGAGGGGGUGUCUCCUGUCCCCCUCCCCCAGCGCCUCCUAGGCUCCCACACUCCAGCGCCACUCGGGACGGGCCCCCCUGCGCUCCAAGGGACACCCCAGGUGCCAGGCCUGAGCUGAGAGUGCAGCCCCUGGCGCGCCCCCCCCCCCCACGCUCACUCCAGGGGUGGAGGUAGGGUGGGAGCUCUCUGCCCCCUUCCUUUCCCUGUGUGCAGUGGGGGGAGCCCUCUCCACUCCAGCCCAUCUGCCCCCCCAGACUCCUCACCCCCCUGCCUGCUGCUGCUGUGAACCAAAGGGAGGGUUGGGGGUGCGCUCCCUCCUGGGGGGCUCCAGGGACCCCCAUCCACAACCUUCAGUUGUGUAAAUAAAAGGCUGUUUGAUAUUGACCAAAUUGUAGCAUCCGUCCUGCCAGGUCAGAGCAGGGCCGGUGCCCCAUUCCCUGCCCCUCUGAGCCACCUUCUCCCCCUACAUGGGCCAGGGCCCGGUGUGGGGCAGCCCCCUCUUCCCAGGGGCCAGGG